AGACCCUCCAGCCUGGGGUCCGGAGUUCAGGAGACCCAUCCUCCAGAGGGACCUCUCCCAGGACCCCAGGUGUUUCCCCUCACUCUCCAGUCUUGGGGUCCAGAGCACUGGAAGCCCCUUCCUCAGGAGGUGAUCCAGGAUUCCACCUGCCCCCAGGAACUCAGGGAAGGACCCCAGUUAUGUCUCCUUGCUACUUGUAGCUCAGAGGUGGGAAUUCAGGAGCCAAUCUAAGGGUCUUCCCCCUACUAGGAAUCCAGGGGUGACCCAGCACUGUCCCCCCACCCUCCAUCAUGGAAUGUGAAGAGGUGAACUAGGAACUCAGGCCUCUCUCUGUGUGUAUCCACUCCCAGUUCUGGGGUUGUGGCUCAGAAGGUCCCCCUCCCCCAAAGGAGAGCCAAAGUGCCCCCCAACGCACACCCACCCACCCCCACCUCAACCCCCCUCCCAAUAAUAGAUCUAUUUGUUGUUUUUCCCCCCAGGCCUAGCCAUGGGGUGGGCAUCACCUCCCCUUCAGAUAAUCCUGAGCUCCCCCUGCUCCCCAGAAGGGGUCCCAGCUUGUUUCUCUGUCCCACUCCCUACCUCCAGCCAUGGAGGUAGAAUUCAGGAUUUUUCUUCCCAGAGAGGACCAUCUCCAUGCUUGAGCGUGGAGUCAGUCACUCAAAUCAUUCCUUCCUAGGAGAUGGCCCAGGGGUCCCUCCAGUAACCAAAGAGAAGCCCAAUGUGUUGUUUUGCCUACCCCGCAGCUAGGGGUUUUCUGGUGGCUCAAAUGGACCUGAGCUUCCCACCAGAGGAGGAGCCCAGGAUGGAGAGAGGGGCGGAGCCAUGGAGCUGGGUGCUGGAGACCUCUAGUGCUGGGUCCCCUGACUUCUAUCCAGAUCCUGCCCCAGAAGCCGGUACUUCCACACCAGGGAUGAGGCGUUCCGUCUUAGUCAGGAACCCAGGCCACAAGGGCAGGAGGCCCGAUUAUGAAGAGCUUGACUCAGACUCAGAAGACCUAGACCCCGACCCAGAAGAGCUGGACCCGGCUUCCGAAAACCCGGAGCCUGAGCCGGAAGACCUCCACACUGUCUCUGAAGACGUGGACCCCAGCUAUGAAGAUCUGGAGCCUGUCUCUGAGGCUCUGGAUGCCGAGGCGGAUGCUCCAGGCUCCAUUUCGGGGAUCCGUGACUCCAACCCCCAAGAUCUCGACCCCCUGUCUUCAAGUUUCGACGACCCCGACGUCAUCGGCCCGGUUCCCCUGAUCCUCGACCCUAACAGCGACACCCUCAGUCCCACUGCCUCCCCAGACCUGGACUCCCUCUCUUCCGACCUCCCUGCCACCCCUGAGGUCCUGACCGCUGCCCCCGCGGUGCUCCCUGCACCUGCCAGCCCGCCCCGGCCCUUCUCCUGCCCCGACUGCGGGCGAGCCUUCCGCCGCAGCUCGGGGCUGAGCCAGCACCGCCGCACGCACAGCGGCGAGAAGCCCUACCGCUGCCCCGACUGCGGCAAGUCAUUCAGCCACGGCGCCACGCUGGCGCAGCACCGGGGCAUCCACACUGGCGCGCGGCCCUACCAGUGUGCCGCAUGCGGCAAGGCCUUCGGUUGGCGCUCCACACUGCUCAAGCACCGCAGCAGCCACAGUGGCGAGAAGCCUCACCAUUGCCCGGUGUGUGGCAAAGCCUUCGGCCACGGCUCGCUGCUGGCGCAGCACCUGCGCACGCACGGCGGCCCGCGGCCGCACAAGUGCCCGGUGUGCGCCAAGGGCUUCGGGCAGGGCUCGGCGCUGCUGAAGCACCUGCGCACGCACACGGGUGAGAGGCCGUACCCAUGCCCGCAAUGUGGCAAGGCCUUCGGGCAGAGCUCGGCGCUGCUGCAGCACCAGCGCACACACACGGCCGAGCGCCCCUACCGCUGUCCCCACUGCGGCAAGGCCUUUGGCCAGAGCUCCAACCUGCAGCAUCACCUGCGCACGCACACGGGCGAGCGGCCCUACGCCUGCCCCCACUGCUCCAAGGCCUUUGGGCAGAGCUCCGCGUUGCUGCAGCACCUACAUGUGCAUUCGGGCGAGCGCCCCUACCGCUGCCAGCUCUGCGGCAAGGCCUUCGGCCAAGCCUCCAGCCUCACCAAGCACAAGCGCGUGCACGAGGGUGCGGCUGCAGCUGCGGCUGCCGCCGCUGCCGCUGCCGGCCUGGGCCUCAGCCCCGCUUCGAUGCUAAGGCCAGGGCAGGCCUCCCUCCUGGGUCCGGAUGCUGUCUCAGUGCUCAGCCCUGGCCCUAGCUCUGGCCUUGACCGUGAUCCUGGCUCUGGGCUGGGCUCCCUCCCCAAUCCCAACCUCAAACCCACCAGUGGCUCUGGAUCUAGCCCCAGCCCUGAUUCUGCCCUAUCUUCUGACCCUAAGCCUGGGCACAAUGCCAAUUCCGACCUCCUGGCUAGCCCUGACCACAGAUCUGGUCCCAGCCCCGACACAGAUCCUGUGCCCAGCCCUGACUCCAACUCCAAGUCCCACCCUGACCCCGGCUCUCCCAUCUGUGACACUGUCAGCCCAGCCCUCCCUGCGGGCGAGAGUCCCAGGUGGGUGCAGGAGCAAGAAGCCCUGCUUGGGCCCGAUGGCUAAAGGGUGUGCUGGCACCCACAGGGGCCUGGGAAAGCGUGUGUUGUGCAGUUAGUAAAAUCCUCCCACUGCCUCCUG